AUGGAAUAUGACGAAACUGUGUAUGUGGAAGCAGCACCUGGUGCCAAGAAUCUAACAUUCAAGGAUGAAAAGCAGCAAGCUAGAUUUGAAUUGGCAAUAGCUAUGAUGAUUUAUAAGUGGGAUGAUUUAGAGAUUGCUGUGGAGAACGGCUGGGGUGGACCCGAAUCUGCAGAUAAGAGAGAUUGGUUGAGUGCGGUUAUUGUAGAUUUGUUCAAGAAUGAAAAAAUAGUGGAUGCGGCUAUGAUUGAAGAAACAAUGCUUUAUGCUAUGGUUGAUGAAUUUGAUACGAAUGUGGAAGAUGACUCUGCCCUGCCGAUUGCCGUAGGGAUCAUCAAUCGUUACAAGGAAUGUGCAGAAGGCAAUUAUUCGGUGUUAGAAGAGUUAUACGUUAAAUGGAACGAAAAGCAAAAGCAUCGUCAUCAUGUUAAGCACGUUCAAGUGGAGGAAGAUCCUCUAAACCCUGAUAGUUCUGUUGAUGAAGAUGAAGAUGAAGUGGAAGAAUUGGUUGAUGAUGACGAGGAUGAAAAUAUGGAUGAGGAUGCCUCAUCUUCUAAACCAGAACCAGUUGUAGACGAGGAUGGGUUUGAAUUGGUUCAGAAAAAGGGCGGUAAACGUUAA